CGAGUUAAAAAAUGUCCCAAAAGGAAGUAGCUCCGCAUCCAUACUCGGCGUAAACAUGGUCAGUCUCUUAAGAACGACAAUAUUUUAAAACUACGACGGGACAUGAUUACGAAUUUGCAAAAUAUUUUAAAUUGUUAGCUAAACGUUUGUAGAGGCAACUGAAGAACCGAAAUGUCAGGAGCCCUUGCACGGCUGUUAUUUUAUCCUACCUUGGCGUACAAUGUUGUUAUGGAGAAAGUGUCGUCCAGACGGUGGUUUGACCGUGUGGACCAGACUGUCAUUCUAGGAGCACUGCCUUUUAAAUCAAUGACCGAGGAGUUGGUGCAGAGAGAAAAUGUGAGAGGAGUGAUCACUAUGAACGAGGAGUAUGAAACCAAGUACUUCUGCAACUCUGCUGAGGAGUGGAAGGCUGCGGGGGUGGAGCAGCUGCGCCUCAGCACGGUGGACCUGACGGGAGUGCCCCGCAUGGAGGACCUGCACCGGGGGGUGGAGUUUGCCCUGGGGGUGAAGGAGCGGGGCGCCAGCGUCUACGUCCACUGCAAAGCCGGCCGCUCCCGCAGCGCCACGGUGGUCGCGGCCUACCUCAUCAAGUUACACUGCUGGAGUCCAGAGGAAGCGUGCCAGACGCUGAGGUCCAUACGCCCGCACGUGCUGGUCCGCAAGGCACAGAUGGAGCUGCUGCACAGUUAUUACCAACAGGUGUGCAACAGCCAGCCCACAUAGGGCCAGCGAUGCCCACCCUGUAGCACAAUAAACACAUGGCAUCCCCAGUUCGAGCCCACUUACUCUUCUUUAACAGAGGAGGAUGCACCAAUCACAGCCACACAUUUAUCACGAAAUACAUUUAAACCUAAGCCUUGUUGCAAAUAUAAUAUGGCACACUUUUCAAUGCAAAUUUUCGUACAAAUUUGAACGAGAGUUUUUCUUUUACGAUGUAAUAUAUGUUUCCUGAAUAUGGAAAUGGUAAAAAAACGCAUAAAUCCACAGGAAGUGAUGCGGGCAAGAUGAUGCAGAGAAGGAUGGCCUGUCGGCUGCCUGUACAUAGUGUUCAGCUGUAUCACCCUCACGUGUAUAUUCAAAAAGAAAAUGGUGUGUGUGUGUUCUUCAGAGUGAGCCAACAAUGAGGAAGACCACUGAAGGCCGCUGCUUCACAUUGGUAGCUUUCCGUUUGCGU